AUGUCCUCGAAGAAUUUAUUAAAAUAUUUCACCCUGCUAUGGAUCGUGAUUUGCCCGUCUAUGCAACAAAACCAUAGUAAGUAUAAAAAAAAUAAAAUAACAUUUAUCAUAUUCGUGGUGCUCCUGCAGUGUUAAUGAAAUACAAUUUAAAAUGUUUGAAUAUCUAUACGUAAGUCGUAAAGUAAAAAAAAACUAAUUAAACACCAGGAACAAAACCAAUGAUUUGAUAUUUAAGGUGUAAUAAAAUAAUAACUUUUUUUUAUUACUCAAAAACUAAUAAAAAAAAAAAUAUAAUAAAUCGACAAUGAUUAUGGUCAAAAUUAUUUUUUGUUUUUUUUUUUAAUUUUAAACCUACGUUAUAAACGUGAUUUCUAAAAAAAAAAAAAUACAUCUUCUCAGGUGUCACUUGAUACAAAGGAAUUAUUCAACAGUAUUGUAAAAAAGUUCGUCCAUAAAAGUGAAAAUAGAAUUUGUAAUUUUGCCUUUCGUAUUAUUAUUUUUAUUAUUGUGUUUUAAUUUAAACUUUUUUCGGUAAUUUGUACACUGAUAAAUUCUAUACAGAUAUCUAAAUAAUCCAAAAACUUUGAUUACAAUGUGGUUCAUAAAAAUACGAUAAAUUUGAACGGAAACUGUUGGACAGUAUAGUAGGUAUUUGAAAGUCAAAAUUGUAUUUCUGUUAUUGUUAUUGUGUCUUAAAAAUCAAAAUAAUCAUCUGUAUAAAUAAGUAAGUACGUUAAAACUAUCGAAAGUAAUAAAACACGAAAAGAACAAAGCAGAUCUUUUUUUCUAAAAAAUAAUAAUAAUUCAUGCAAUAUUAAAAAAAAAAAAAAUCAAAAGACCUGACAGCGGAGAAUAAAAAAUAUAGAAAUGAUAUUAUGUAAUAGACAAAUGAAAUGUGAUGAGAAAAGCUGUCGCGGACUGAUACAGUGACUUGAUCUUAGAUCUUGAAUGAUAACUACAGACAGACAGAGGUAUCAUUCCGUGACUGUUUUCUUUCCAUUACAUUUCAUUUAUCGAUUAUAUUAUGCGUCUAUAUUUUUUUUAUCGCUUUUUCUGCAGUCAUCUUUUAAAUUUAUUUUCAUGUAUUUAAUUUUUUUAGUUUUUAGCAUUCGGAUUUUUUUAUUAUUAUUAAAUUUCACCUCUUCUCGCAUUAAAUUUAUUAAAAUCUGUUUAGCCAUCCGGGCUACACGAAAUAAUAAGAACUACGUCAUGUAUUCAUAUACGGCCGAUGACGAAAUACAUAACCGUUUUUUUAGGAACCCGUUAAGUUCACGUUUAAUAACGAAAACGAACGAGAAUGAUUUAAAUUGAAAUUAUAUUGUAUAGGAACUGGCUAAGUACAAAUUUUAUUAGAAUGAUAUAUUUAGAAUUAAUUAUUAUAAAUCGUUUUCGGUUAUUUGGGUAAUUAUUUUGUUUAUAUUUUUUUGUUCUGUUCAGACUCUUAUUUAACGGGUGCUCCUCUCCAUCAAGUCCAACCUCUUCGAAUCAGAGUUCCACACCACAAAAUUGACGAGUUUAAAGAAAGUAAGUAUACUUACCUAUAUAUAAGAGGUAAGAGGUAGUAAUUUCUAUUAUUUAUUUCAUUUUUUGUUAUAGUUUCUAUAACUAUAACAUUAUAUUUGUUAUAAACAAUAUAACGUUAUAUAUUAUAUUUGUCAUUGUCGACAACAAAAUAACUUUUCCGUGUUUCUCUCGGGUUUGCUUUAUUUUUGAGUUGUCUGUAUGAGUUAACAUCAGAAUUUUUUAUCGCUCGUGUAAUUUGUUAUUAGCCUUCUUCUUUCUUGUUUCUCUUUUAUCAUCAUUUUUAUUGAUUAUAAAAAUAUACAAAUAGCCCAUUCAAUGUAAUAAUAGAUUGCAUAGCUAAAAUUAUAGUUACUAAUCAUGGGAUGCAGCCACUAUGGGGCGCUAGAGUUGUUGUCAUUAAUUCUCACGUAAAUGACUCUAGCGCUCUCCAAAGCGGCCGCAUCAAUUACCUAUAUAUAAGAUUAAACUAAACAUUUUUAUUUAAAACAUAAGUUAUUUAAUAUAUUAUUUAAAAAAAAAAAUUAUUAAAUAAUUAAGUUUUUAUAGGUACACAUUAUUAGAUUACACAUUUAUUUUACCGUUUUACCAAAUUCUUUAGGCAACUACCAAAGAUUUUGUUUACAAUCCUUUCUCAACUUCGCCCAUAGCUACAGCACUUUUCUUCAUAAGUUUUCUGCAUGCCUUUUAAUGGCACAACAUAACGAACAAAUAUUUUUGAACAUGUGUUGUUCAAAUGUAACAGAGCACCAAAGUGUAUACAGUGCAUACCUAUGUGAAGGGAUAUAUUAUGAAGUAGUAAAUCAGUUAGAUAAAUCACUUACUGUAUCGGUAACAAGAACAUUAAUUACUUUAUAUUCGAUAGUAAAUUUAUAAAAAUAUAGAAAUAACCUGUUUAUCGCCGAUCCUAAUAAAAUCGGAAUUUCGAGUUAUCCGUGAAAUUUUAUAUUUUAAAACGAUUUGUUUACGUUCUUUAAAUAGGAAAUUAUAAGGAUCACGGAAGAACGUCCAGUUAGUAACGAUUUUGAGUAGGUACAUUAAGUUUGAAUUAAACAAGUUUGACUGUAUAUUAUUUUUUAACAUAUCGAUUUCAUUCAUAUCAAAUGUAUAUUUAUGUUUCAACUAAUAACUACAUAGUUCGAUGAGAUUAGGCAUUUCGAUCGACUGGCCACCCGAACAUAAUAACGUCAAAUCUAUACUCUUGUUGAGUUCAGUAUUGAGCGGUCAUCAUUUUAAUUUAAAAUAAUGUCUGCACAUAUUUUAUGCAGUUCUCAAUCAACAUCCGAACAUCAUAAGACAAUACGGCCAUUAUCUUCUGAACACGUACCCGUCAGCGCAUUCUCCGUUGAAUUAUAGAUCACUUCCAGGUGAAAAAGGUAAAAGGAAUUUUUUUAAUAAACAAUGACUAGAUAUUGUUGGAAAAAAAAAAUUUGUUUGUAAUAAAUAAAUAAGUAAAUACAUUUUUGGUUUCUAACUAUUGUAAAACUGGUCACAUUACUCUAGUCAUCUAUGUAGUUUGUAAUAUUUGAUAAGAGACCUGUUUUGUUGAGUAAUAAAUUUAAAUGAUUUAUUGUCGGUUGGUCAUUUUUUAAAAUUCCAAGUGGUUAUCCAAAUAAUUGGGAAAAAUCGGAAACAAACUUAUAGGAAGUAUGGUCAAAUAUGUAUAGUGAUGCCCCAUCGUUAAAGAUUUCAAUAUUUUCAAUUUUCACGAUUUUUGUAUUCUACCAGAAAUUUUGAUCUACGUUUUUAAGUGUAGCCUCUUUUCCAAACGAAAAUGUUGUCUAGUUGGUGAGUAAAAGGUUGGUUUUUAUUGUCCAUUUAGUUUUCUUAAUAAUUGUGAAAACAGGGGGAAACGUAGAAAACACAAUACAAUUGACUGUAUUCACAAAAUCAUUAUAUUUUAUUUUGGUAUUUUGUUAAAGAUAACCGUUUGAAUUUGAAAAAACCGUUUGAAACCGACUUGAAAUUUCCACAGAAUACUUAUAUUUGCCACUUCUAGAAGUGGUCAAAUUUUCAAAAUUGUUAAGCUAUUUAUAGACCUCAUUAUAAAGUUUUUGGCCGAACAAAAGUUCUUGAAAAUUAAUUACGAAAAAUGUAGUAUUUUGUUUUUAAGCAGUUUAAAAUCAAAUUUUGACGAAAACCAUAAAAAAUAUAGCAUUUAAAAAAUUUAUAUACAAACAUCAUAUAGAAUCGUUUUCGUAAGUAAUGGUUUUUUGUUGCUUAGUGAUAUAAAUUAAAAAUUUCCAUUAAAACUGUAGCCUACCUUUCCAAAUUCUCACCUAUAACAGUGACACACCUAUCAGCAAAAUCGGUUAUUUUUUUUAAAAAUUUAUAUUUUGAAUACCUUUAAUAUUAUUCUUGCAGGACUAUUAUCUCCUGUACAUCAAGCAACUGCAGGUAUACAAAUAUCCCAUAAAACUACUCCCAAAGGAAAAUAUAUUUAUUUGAUUGGUGGUCAUAAAUACGUUAUGACCAAACGAGGGUUAGUUCCGUGGCGAAAAAGAACCGAGAAUUUAAAAAAAACAGUAAAGAAGAUAUUGAAAAGACCGGUUAGCGAUUAUCUGAAGAAAACAUUACGCCCUGAAGAUAUGCUUAGAUCUAUAACGAAAAAAAUAAAUAAAAAGGAUAAUGACACGUCAAAAGAACGGGAAAAAGUAAAAAAAAUGAACAAAAAGGAUAGUGGCACGUCAGGCAAAUUGGAAAAAGUAAAAAAAAAGAACAAAAAGGAUAAUAGCUCAUCAGAUGAGUAGAAAAAACCAAAAAAAAAAAAAGGUGAAGAAUUGAUAUUAUUGAUAUAUAUGUUAAAACAAAGUAAAUCGUAGAAGUAAUUUUGAUUAUAAAC